CACAGCCCUCAUCAGAUUCUUCAAGACCUAGAGAAAAAAGCAAUCCGCAGAAAUGGCCGAUAAUGACGAUCUUUUAGACUACGAGGAUGAGGAGCAGACCGAGACCACUGCGGUUGAGGCGCAGGAGGCGCCCAAAAAGGAUGUCAAGGGCACCUACGUGUCCAUUCACAGCUCCGGUUUCCGCGAUUUCCUCCUGAAACCAGAGAUCCUCAGGGCCAUCGUGGACUGCGGCUUCGAGCAUCCCUCGGAGGUCCAGCACGAGUGCAUUCCGCAGGCCGUCCUGGGCAUGGACAUUCUCUGCCAGGCCAAGUCCGGUAUGGGCAAGACCGCCGUCUUCGUCCUGGCCACGCUCCAGCAGCUGGAGCCAUCGGACAACAACACCUGCCACGUCCUGGUCAUGUGCCACACCCGCGAGCUGGCCUUCCAGAUCAGCAAGGAGUAUGAGCGCUUCUCGAAGUACAUGCCCACAGUCAAGGUGGCUGUCUUCUUUGGUGGACUAGCUAUUCAAAAGGACGAGGAGACCCUCAAAAGCGGAACCCCGCACAUCGUGGUGGGCACUCCUGGCCGAAUUCUAGCCCUGAUUCGCAACAAGAAACUCAAUCUGAAGCAUUUGAAACACUUUGUUCUCGACGAGUGCGACAAGAUGCUGGAGCAGCUGGAUAUGCGUCGUGACGUUCAAGAGAUUUUCCGUAGCACACCGCACGGCAAACAAGUGAUGAUGUUCUCUGCCACAUUGAGCAAGGACAUUCGUCCCGUUUGCAAAAAGUUCAUGCAAGAUCCUAUGGAGGUCUACGUCGACGAUGAGGCCAAGCUGACGCUGCACGGACUGCAGCAGCACUACGUCAAUCUGAAGGAGAACGAGAAGAACAAGAAGCUGUUCGAACUGCUCGACGUGCUUGAGUUCAAUCAGGUGGUCAUAUUUGUGAAAUCUGUACAACGUUGCGUGGCCUUGUCCCAGCUGCUGACAGAGCAAAACUUCCCCGCUAUCGGCAUUCACCGCGGCAUGACCCAGGAGGAGCGUCUGAACCGCUACCAGCAGUUUAAGGACUUCCAGAAGCGCAUUUUGGUGGCCACCAACCUCUUUGGCCGCGGCAUGGAUAUUGAGCGAGUGAACAUUGUGUUCAACUACGAUAUGCCCGAGGAUUCUGACACCUACUUGCAUCGCGUGGCCCGUGCUGGUCGCUUCGGUACCAAGGGAUUGGCCAUUACCUUUGUUUCGGACGAGAACGAUGCCAAGAUACUUAACGAAGUACAGGAUCGUUUCGAUGUGAACAUCAGCGAGCUGCCGGAGGAGAUUGAUCUGUCCACAUAUAUCGAGGGACGCUAGAGCUCGAAAGUGCAUGGUAAUCUGAACAGAACAGUACUGCGUAAGACUAAACUGCACUUCGAAUAGAUACAAAGCUAAAACCUUUUAUAAAACUCUACUUUAUAACUAAAUAAAAAUUAUUCAGACAAUGUGUUGACGUACAAAAUCGGAAGAAAA